GCAGCCCUGCAGGAGACCAGGAAGGGAUUAUGGAGGGUCAAACCCCACGGGGAUCUGGGAUGUCCAUGAAAAUCAUUUACUUCAUGAUCAAUGGGAAGCUGGAGCGAGCCGAGUUCAGAGCCGACUGCUCGGCCACAGAGGUCAAAGAACUGUUCCGGGCGGCAGCAGAGGCGGAGCCGCACCACAUCCUGAAGAUGUACAACAUGAGCGGCACGGUGGUGAACAUCUCGCCCAGGCUGGAGGCCAACAGCGCCGACUCCUGCUACCGACUGGAGGUGGUGGCGUCGGACCUGCAGAGUGUGGCGAUGCCGCCGGAGCUGGAAAAGAUGGAGUGCAGGCUGCAUCAGCUGGAGAGGAAAGUGAUCGAGGACAUGGCCAAGACUCCUGAAAUCAUCUGUGAGCUGAAGAAUCAGGUGGAGUCUUUCAAGAAGAAGCUGGAGAACGUGGAGCACCUGGGCUGGAUGGGUUUACUGAGAGAGGGCAACCACCGCCACUCCAAGGCGCCUCCGAAGGCCAGAGCGUCUCACCUGAGCGUGCAGGAGGAGCGUCUGCGCGUGCGCAUGAAGUUCCUCAACAUGAGCUCACUGCAGGUGACGGAAGAAGUGCGAGAGCAUCUGAAAACUCCCACUUUCGAUAACUGGCAGUGGGAGGAGGCGGAGAUGCUGGUGCUGCUGCAGGUGAUGUACACCGACCUGGACUUCCUGACGGCCUUCCAAAUCGAGCCGGAGGCGCUGCAGAACUUCCUGUUCGAGGUGUACUGCCACUACAACAACAUCCCCUUCCACAACUUCCAGCACUGCUUCUGUGUGACCCAGAUGAUGUACGGUCUGAUCUGGCUGACGGACCUCAGGAACAAGCUGAGCCGGGUCGACCUGCUCAUCAUGCUGACCUCGGCGCUCUGCCACGACCUGGACCACCCGGGCUACAACAACGUCUACCAGAUCAACGCUCAGACCGACCUGGCCCUGCGCUACAACGACAUCUCGCCGCUGGAAAACCACCACUGCGCCGUGGCCUUUGGCAUCCUGGCCAAGCCAGAGUGCAACAUCCUGAAGAACCUGAGCAACGAGCAGUACAAGCUCAUCCGAGGAGGGAUGAUCAAGUGUAUUCUGGCCACCGACAUGUCGAGACACAACGAGAUCCUCAACAAGUUCAAAGCCAUGCAGCCGGUGUUCAACUUCACCAACAAGGAGCACAAAGAAGUGCUCAUGAAGAUCAUGGUGAAGGUGAGCGACAUCUCCAACGAGGCCCGGCCCAUGGAGGUGGCCGAGCCGUGGCUCGACUGUCUGCUGCAGGAGUUCUUCAACCAGAGCGACACGGAGAAGCUCAAGGGGCUGCCGGUGACGCCGUUCAUGGACCGAGACAAAGUGUCCAAGCCGUCGUCCCAGACCAGCUUCAUCCGCUUCGUCCUGCUGCCGCUCUUCACCGAACUCACCAAACUCUUCCCCUGCCUGGAGCAACACAUCCUGGAGCCGGUGAGGAGGGCUCUGGAGUAUUACUCCGACAUGGAGAAGGCCACCAAGGAGGAAGAAGGCGCCAAGCCGUGAGGAAGAGGAGGACCGGGACGAGCCCAACGCCGCAGGCCUGGCAGGAUCUCAUACAAUGUAAACUUUAGAAGGCUUGGAGCUUCUGUGGAACGAGGCUGAUCACUGCUC